UAUCAAAUUUCAUACCUCACCUUCCUCCGGCCAAAUGGCCGGGCUCACGCUAGUUGUAUUUGGAAGACAAGAAAAUAUGUGUAGAUAAACCACCAAUCGUUUUAAAAUUUUACUGUAAACUUAGGAGUCUUGAUUAAUUAUUAUAACACUUCGCCCACUCAAUAAUGGAAACCUAUACCAUACAGAUGGAUUGUAAAAGAAAGAAAGUUUAAGACACAUGCAUGGGUCCUCCAUGUCGACUAGCCAACCAAAUACCAAAAUGUGUUGGAAACAAAAGCAAAUGGAGUGUUUCAACAAACAAAAAAAAAAAACUUGAGUGAGUUUUUUAGUAAAUAAAUGGACUCAAAUUGCAUCAUAUUCUACAUUCAAAAUCAAUAAGGAUUUGGAAAACCUAUGCAAAAUCGUAGAAUGCCUAAUAGCAAAGUAUAAGAUCAUAUGCAAGAACAUAAUGCAACUAAUAAGCAAGGAAAUGCCCACGACUAGUCGAAUAAUAAGCACAAUUAAUACCCUUCGGAUAAACAUAGGAAAUUUCCUAACAAUGGCGCCAUUGAUCUUACCCAUCUCCGUAUUGCAGCAGUUAGACUACACAUCAUGAUUCCAACUCAACAUGUACUCGAGAGAGUCCUACAACAAAUUUCAACUCAACCCUGAUGAUAGAGAAAAUCUCACAAUGUUUCGUAUGAUCUCGAAUCAGGCUACCUAAGGCGGGCAAUGCAUGACCUACAACAAUAGAGCUCUAAACUAGUAUGAAGUGAGGAAAAAUAGUUUCGGGGGCUUAUUUGUGAGUUCAUUAUAAUGUAGGGUCAAAAAACAUACUAACCGAAAACGGGGAGGGAAAAUGGCCCUUUUGGCGAUUCAGUUUAUAAUAUUCUCUUUCUUUUCCACCACCACCGUCAGCGUCUCUUUCUUUCUCUUCUCUGUGCUACUGCUGCUAACUCCUAAUAAAAUCAAAUCUCGCGCACCGACAGUCAGACGGGAACUUCUGAACUCUGAGAGACGCAACCAGACAGAGUUUCGCGUAAAGGAAAUUCGCCCUGUUAGCUGUUGCAGAGAGAGAGAGAGAGAUAGAGAGAGAGAAGGAGGGGGUGGAGAGAGCACCCGCCAACCAUCUCUGCAUACGUCUCUGUUCUUCUUUGUCUGGGUUGGAUCUUCGUUUUCCGGAAUCUGGAGAGGGCUUCAGUUCUGGGUUUCGAUAUUUCAUCUGGGUAAUUGAGUUUCUAGUAAAAGGAGAAAUCUUUGGAUCUGGGUUCGGGUCAACUCAGUCAACAGUUGGCUCAGCGACGACUUAAUUGACAUGAAUUCCUUCUCAAUCUGAAGCUUUGUGAAAUAUUUUUUGCCUCGCAAAGUUUCGGAGUUUUAGAAGCAAAAACAUGAGUUGGAAGAACAGAGGAUUCGAGCAAAAUUCGAAGAGUGUGGUGUCAAGGAAAUGGUCUCUGCUCCUUUGCAUUGGCUGUUUCUGCGCAGGGAUGCUCUUCUCAGACAGAAUGUGGUCUGUGCCGGAGGUUAACGACGUGUCAAGUACAAAGAUGGUUGAAGAUGAGAAGCUCAAUGUCGUCGCAGAAGGAUGUGCCCCUCAAAAUAAGGAUGUACAUCAUGAGUCCAAGGACAUAAUGGGGGAAGUUUCAAAGACACACCAUGCCAUACAUACUCUGGAUAAAACUAUUGCUAGUCUGGAGAUGGAAUUGGCUGCCGCUAGGGCUGCACAUGAGUCCACACUAAGUGGUUCUCCCGUAUCAGACAAUUCGAAAGCCUCGCAAUCAACAGGGAAACGGAAGUAUCUGAUGGUUGUAGGCAUAAACACUGCUUUCAGUAGCAGAAAACGAAGAGAUUCGGUUCGUGCAACUUGGUUGCCUCAAGGUGAUAAGAGGAAGAAGCUGGAAGAAGAGAAGGGCAUCAUAAUGCGCUUUGUCAUUGGUCACAGUGCGACAGCUGGUGGAAUCCUUGACCGAGCCAUUGAAGCAGAAGACAGGAAGCAUGGUGACUUCUUGAGAUUGGAGCACGUUGAAGGUUACCUCGAACUAUCGGCAAAGACAAAGACAUACUUCACCACUGCAGUUGCAUUGUGGGAUGCAGAUUUCUAUGUUAAAGUUGACGAUGAUAUCCACGUCAAUAUAGCUACACUAGGAGCAACUUUAAGCAGCCACCGAUUAAAACCCAGAGUUUACAUAGGAUGUAUGAAGUCUGGCCCGGUCCUGGCACAAAAGGGAGUGAAAUACCAUGAACCUGAGUAUUGGAAAUUCGGCGAGGAAGGGAACAAGUACUUCCGUCAUGCCACUGGACAAAUAUAUGCCCUUUCAAAUGACUUGGCUACAUAUAUAUCAAUCAACCAGCAUGUACUGCACAAGUACACAAACGAAGAUGUCUCGCUUGGGUCAUGGUUGAUAGGGUUGGAUGUGGAGCAUAUCGAUGACAGGAGACUCUGCUGUGGCACCCCACCUGAUUGCGAGUGGAAGGCUCAAGCAGGAAAUGUGUGUGUUGCCUCCUUCGAUUGGACUUGCAGUGGAAUCUGCAAAUCUGUCGAGAGGAUGAAGGAGGUCCACCGACGCUGUGGGGAAGGUGAGAAUGCAUUGUGGAGUGCACAACGUUGAAAGACAACAUGACCUGUUCUUCCUAACUCAGGAGGAAUACCCAGGAAAGAAAAAUGAGGCCUUGAUGCUCUCUGUGGGGUGUGGAUAUGACCCUUAUGGGGAAUGUGUUUGUUUCUUCACAUAUAUGAAGAGAAGAGUUACUGAGUGGGAUCUGAUCCAUUUUAGGCAAGGGCAGAAAACCCAUUAGCAGUUUGGAGGGAAAGUAAUAGUCUGCAAUUGUUUGAUUCUUUUUGUACAUGGUUGAAAGGGGGGCCAUUUUGUAAGUUUUGCCAAGCAUGGCUAAGUACUAUACUCGUGAAUAAGUGCCAGAAAUGGAGCUAGCAAGCUCUACUUACCUUUUGCUUUUCCAAUCCAGCCAUAAGCGUUUGUUUCUAAAGCAUCGCCUUCUUUCUUUCCUUCUCAUCAUUGAUGAUGAUACACAGAGUUCAUCUUGAGAUGGUCAUUCUUAUUAGCCUUUGCGAGUUGUCCAUCUUUUGGCCCCGGUUCUGAAAGCUCAACUCUUUUCUAGAUGUUCUAGUUAAGUGGUGUUCUUACCGCGUAUUAAUAGUAAUCCGUGACUUAGAGUGUCGAUCGUUCAUAAGCGAAUAAGUGAAACAAUCAUCA